CUGUGAAAAAUUUGUGCGCUAAAAAAAGUGACUUCAGCUGAAAACAACAUCCAACGCGGUUCGUUUCGCCCAGCAAGCGUCGGGGCAGAAAAGUGCAUUUAAUUCAAUUCAAAUCUCGCGACAGCAUCACAAUGGCUGACCAAUACGGCGGCUACGGCAAUCAGGACUAUGGCGGUGGCGUUCAGUUCAAUGUACCGCCGCCAUCGAUUAACCAGAACUACAGUCAGCCUCCCCCGAUGAAUAAGUUUGGUGGUGGUGGCGGCGGCGGCGGUGGAGGUGCCGGUGGCUACGGGCCCCAGAGUACCGGUGCCGUCGGCGGUGGAUAUGGUGGGCAAAGUGAUUACAAUGGUGGCGGCCGUGGUAGCGGUAGCGAUGGUGGAUACGGUGGGGGCGGCAGUAACCGCGGUGGCGGAGGCAGCUACGACAGAAGAGGUGGUAACCAAACCGGCGGCUACAGCAGUGGCGGCGGCAACAAGGGUGGUUAUAACAAAGAUGGGGCUGAAAUGAUCACGCAAGAGGAUACGAUCUUCAUCCAGGGCAUGACGCCGGAGACGACAGAGGAAGAGAUUGCCGAACGGUUCGGAUCGAUUGGCGUUAUCAAGCGCGAUAAGCGGACACAGAAACCAAAAAUUUGGAUGUACAAGGACAAAGAGACGGGAAAAAUGAAGGGAGAGGCCACAGUCACGUACGAUGAUGCGAGUGCGGCUCAGUCGGCCAUCGGAUGGUUCGACAACAAGGAGUUCAAUGGUGCCGUCGUCAAGGUGACGCUUGCACAGCGCUACAGCAACUGGCAGAACAAGGGUGGAAGCCGUGGAGGAUUUAACAAGGGGGGAGGCGGCGGUGGUUUCGGUGGCGGAAACCGCAUGGGAGGUGGCGGCGGUGACUUCGGUGAUCGUGGCUCCGGAUAUAGCCGUGGUGGCGGCACUAGUGGCAGUGACCGAGAAGACACACGCUCCCGACCACCGCCCAUGGGAGGUGGUGGACGCGGCGGCUUCGGUGGUGGUGGUGGUGGCGGCGGAGGUAGCGGCGGUCAGGAUCGUGAGGGUGACUGGAGCUGCGGAGAGUGUAACAACAAAAACUUCGCCUGGCGCAAUGAAUGCAACCGUUGUAAAGCACCGAAAGCGGAUGGGGCCGGAGGUGGCGGAUCGUCCGGUGGAGGUUACGGAGGUAAUCGUAACGGCGGUGGUGGUGGCCGCGAUCGCGGUUCAUUCGGUGGGGGCCGUGGUGGUGGUGCCGGAGGACAAGACCGUGGUGGAUACGGUGGUGGAAACCGAGGAGGACGAGACAACAGUGGUGGCGGAGGCUACGGUGGUGGGGCGAUGCGUGGAAACGAAAGGAACAACAGAAACGAUCAACGGCAGCGCCCAUACUAGUGUGAGAGAGAAAGUCGCAGAGGAAAGCAGGAUACGACGACGAUACAUUGCCAACUGGGACUGAAUAUCACAAGCAGCUUUCACCCAGCAGAACGAUGUUAACCUUUAAUUGUCAAUAUGUUUACUAUUUAAGCGUAGUAAAACAAACAGAAAGAAGCCACCAGAAAAGACCGGUGUGCGACCGAACGCAAUUUUGGUAGGAGUUCUUCAAAACCGCCUCGUAGAAGAUGAGCCAUUUAAAUAAACAAGAACAAAAUUAAAAGAAAAGAUAUGUACCACUCCGUACCACCAACUUUUCGUAUCAAAUAACAUUGCGAAUACUAUAUGUCGUCCAACAGCAUCACAUUGGUGUCCUCCGUACACAGCUCGUGUUCGAUUGUAUGUCAGCAUAAUCACCUUGAUCAUCUUGGCAAUUAAUAUGCGACACAAAUACGGCUAUAAAACAUGCAGAAGCAAAGAUGAGUACACUUAAGUCAGCCUCACCAGUGGCGGAAAUAAUAUAAUUCAGGUUUAACGUCUUGGCGGCGUAAUGUUCAGAAAACAAUACAACUAAUAUAACAGCUUCGGGAUGCAAGAUAACGUCAACAUUCGCUCAAUUAUAAGAUUUCGCCAAAAGGUAUGCUGAAGGUUGCCCCAUGCAAAUCAAUUGGAAGGCAGUGGAAAAUAAUUGUGGCACAGAACCAGAUCGAUUUCUUAUCCCUGUUUUGGUAGAGGUGAAUGAUUAUAAUAAAAACUCCUUUUUAUCUUAUGACACAUUGCUAGAUGAAUACAAAGGCAUUCUGUUUGUCAUCCAAGUAGAAUAAAUGCACGAGCAUAAUUCAAAUGUACUGGAGAAAAGGGAUGUCGGUAUUGCAAAAUGUAUUAUUUGCGUUUUUGUUUGUGCUCCAUAGCGUUACAUUGACAGGGAAAUAGAAGUAGGCCGUAAGAAUGAAGGAAGGUUGAUAAGAGCAACCAUAAGGAGCAAUCAGGACAUCAGCACCUAGUAUAAACCGCACACUCGUGCUGGCGCUAGCAUUAAUUGGGUCCCUCAACCAGCCCGACCGCCGGAAGGGACAGCUUCGAAGAGAAAACAAACAAGAAUAUCCACCGUCCUCCAGAUCCAACUGGACGCAGGGGAGCUUUACCAUGUAAACGAACGUAAAUCGGAUGUGAAUAAAUGAGAAGG